AUGAACAUCAUCGCUCUCAUAUGGCAUUUCUUCACCACCUUCUUCAACAGCCUUCAAGAUAACACUAUGAUACUGGACGGACUUAGAGUAUUGUUAGCGGGGACAUUCUUUGAGUUCAGUAGGAGGACUGCUACAUCGGCUUGGAGUACUUUCACCGAUAGCUUCUUCAUCACCGCCACCAUUUCAGAUAACGACGAAGCAUACGAUUGGGUAUCGCAAUACUUGGAAACACACGCACCUAUCAUGCUUCCCUCCACGUCAUCUCAACCACAACACUUUGAUCCUGCUCGUUACACUAUCAAGACGAAUCUGAUGGAAGCGGUUUAUCCUACUGGCAGAGCUGCCCCAAGACACAUCCAUCUAGCUGCAAAACGACCUAGAAAUAAUCGAGGGAAUGGUCAAGCUCACCGCUCGAGACGUAUGCGCCGGGAUAUGUAUGAUUCUGAAUCGGAUGACUACGAGAGCGAUGACGAUGAGGAGAAAGAUGCGAUUCUGCAUGUUGAACCUUCCAGCACAAUCAGUCGAUACAUGCAAUUCCAGAACAAAACUAUCCAAUUUCAGAUCAAAGAUGAUGGACUAUCGUCGUUCGCCAUCAAUCAGAGAAAAUGGCUCAUCAUGUCUACAUUCUUAGGCACCCAUGACAUCUUCACUACCCUCAUCCAGACCGCUCGGAAGGAAUACCUUGCUCAACUCCCCAAACGUGCUAUAUCAAUAUACUCACCCGAACAUGGAUCAUGGUAUAAGAAAUCGACAAGAACGAUGAGACCAUGGGAUUCAAUCAUCUUACCCGAUGGAGUCAAGGGAUGGCUAUUGGCGGAUGCGACCGAGUUCUUGGCUGAGAGGGAUUUCUAUGAGGAAAGAGGUGUACCGCAUAGAAGAGGGUAUCUGCUGUAUGGUGAACCAGGAAGUGGAAAAAGUAGCUUGAUUAGCGCUCUUGCUGCUCAGCUGAGGUUAGAUAUUUACAUUGUCAACAUUGGUGGUCGAUACUUGGACGAUGAUACUCUCAGUAGUCUUAUGCAAGAUUGCCCCAGUCGAUGUAUAUUGCUAAUGGAGGAUAUUGACUGUGCGUUCAAGAAACGAAAAUUACCUGGUAGCAAGAGACGAACCACACCGCAACAAGAUGAACCCAACCCGAACACAGAAGGAAACGAAGAAGAUAAUGAUGAUCCAGGAAUGUUUCCACCUAAUAGCGGAGCAACCAUCACUUUGUCCGGCCUGUUGAAUGCUUUAGAUGGUGUAGCCAGCUCAGAAGGAAGAUUGUUGUUCUGUACAACCAACUGGAAAGAUAAGAUUGAUCCUGCUUUGUGUAGACCAGGUCGUUGUGACGUGUGGGUCGAGUUCAAGCAUGCGACACGAGAACAAGCUCGAGAUCUCUUCAUCCACUUUUUCCGAGCCCGACUCCGAUCCGAUCCUCACAAUCCAGUUGAUAUCACCAGCAACUCGAACGCCAAUACUGAAAAGCCCUUCAAUUCAGCUUCUCCUCAUACAGAUAAUGGGGAAGAUCUGUUGGCUUUGGGUGAGAAGUUUGCAGGGGCGAUUCCCAAAAGCACAGUCUCGGUUUCGGCUUUACAAGGGUACUUGGUACGAUACAAAAGGGAUCCACACGCUGCCGCUGAGCAUGUGGGGAAAUGGGUGGAGGGAGGUUGUGGACAGGGUCCCACGAUGUUUAUCAAAGAUGGGAGAGUCCAGGAGAGGGAGGUGGAUGAAGUGGUCGACGCAGGGGAUGAUAGUGGGGCUCUGGAUGAAACUAAGAACGAGGAUAGAGAUAUAAAUGGUGAGCCAAAUGGGCAUGUGAAUGGUGGGGACAAGGCGUAUAGGGUCUUCAAUGGUGGUAUCGAGAAGAACGUCAAUGGAAUGCCCAACGGAUGGGGUGAUGGCAAUUCAACUGCAAUAGCUCAGGGGAAUAUACUGAGAAGAGCUAGAACCCAUUUUAGAACUUUGAGUAGAGGUAAAUAG